AUGGCCUGCGAGCCGCUGCGUGGCUCAUGCUCUUGUGGUCGUAAUGAAUACCAAAUAAACAUUCCGGACGAUGUGACGGACCAUGCGGAGGUGUACUUUGACAGCAGCCGAGACAACCGUCGAUUCCACGGCACUCCUCUCUCCGCAUGGCUGCGCGUGCCUCUGGACUGGUACCAGUCUUCUACCCAGUCUUUCUAUGAGGAUGAAUCACACUUUACUAUCCGUCGCACUUUCUCACCCCGCCAUGCGCCCAAAACCCAGCGCGUGUUCUGUGGCUUCUGUGGCACACCUCUGACAUUCUGGACGGAAGAGCCACACCAUGAAUCUGAAUUUAUGUCCAUCGCACUGGGUAGCCUUCACGUAGAAGACCAGCGCGCACUUGAUGAUCUCGGCCUGCUUCCCGAUGACUUUGAGGAAGAUGCCCCUCAUGCCGGUGUCUCAACCUCGGAUCUGACACCCGCCCAACCCGGUUCUUCUUCGGUCAUUGUCCCAUCCUUCGAAGACCCUACAGACCUUCCAGAUAUUUCACGCAGCCUCCAGCGCGGCCGAACCGGCGGAAUUCCCUGGUUCGAAGAAAUGAUGGAAGGUAGUCGUCUGGGUCGUCUGAUGCGCUCACGGCGUGGCAUGGGAAUUAGCGAUGAUCAGUCGACUUCAAUACAGUGGGAGUUCAGUGAAUGGCACGAUGAUGGCACUGGUGGAGCUGUGCAACAAGACUCAGACUCAGACAGACGUUCGCGGGGCAAGAGAAAGCGUGUUGCGCAAACCGAUACCGUGAUCGACCCACCAUCAAAACGACCCGAGUAG